UCCAUUAAACAGUUUACUCCAUUUUUUGUAUACUCAUCGCCGAUGUCGUCUCUUCAUAGAAGAAAUAUUUUGGCUUAUGCCCAUUAUGCUACCGAUCACACAACGGGAAGAGGAAAGGCAGCAGUUACCGUUCACUUUGAGCCUCACAAACCUGCUCUUGACUUGGAGUUUACAUAUGGUCCUAAUCGAGCGACAAGAGCGUAUGCUUCGUAUAGUGCGGAACACUCGCAUGUGAAACACUUCGGUAUAGAGCAUAGUUUUACUUCUUUCGGAAAGAGACAGUUGUUAGAUUUCAGUUGGUUACCUCAACGAGAUAUGUGUAACUUGAAGUAUAGUUUGAAUAUAGACAAAAGAAACCAAUUGACAGGCUAUUUUGGUUUUCGGCAAGUAUCUAAAAAGAGUUGGGAGAGAAACUCUGAUAGACUUGAGUUGUUCAGUCGAUUGGCUUCGAAUAAUUCCAUUCGCAUACAGUAUGAUGUGCAGAUGAAAGCAACCAAAGCCAAGAUUUCUCACAAGUUGGAUAUGAAAAACGUCAUAGAAGGUGAAUAUAGCUAUCUUUCAAAAUAUAGACAAAGUGGUUCUAUUGGCUGGAAGCGUGUAAUAAAUACAGCCAAUAACUUGAAUAUGAUUGCGGAUUGGGGUUCAAGAAAGUAUACCUUUGAAUGGACCAACAAAACAGCUGAUGGACCUUGGACUAUGAAGGCACACACUUCAUUCGAUAAGCCAUUUCAUCAAAUAGAACUUUCGAUAAAACGAAGGCUGGAAUUCCUCUCGCAACAAUCUACUAAAUAAAACUUUCUUCAUUUUCCGUUUUAAUAGAUUGUACAAGUCAUCAUCAAGUUACUAGUCUCCAAGGGCAUGAGUGCCAUCAUCUUG